AUGUGCUUCUUCUGCAAGUGCAAGUGUCCCGCUGCCGACCAAGCGGGCUGUCGCACCCGGCAAUUCCUCGCUGGUGUGAAUGACGCCAUCGCGACAGCAUCGUACACGCCCAUGUCUUCGCCAAAGCAGUCGACACAAGUGCCCAUGGUCUCGUCCAACGAGCUCGACGAGCUCGAGUCGCUCGGGGCCAGUUUGAGCUGCGUCACCGCCAAAGGCGUCUAUCGCAGCCGCGACGUACUCGUCAAGACGUUUCGCUUCUUUGGCCACAUCGACGACUUUGGCCGUCACGUGCAGACCUAUUACCAGCUGCGAUCGCCGUACCUUGUCUCGCUGCUCGCGGUGGCAGACGUCGCAUCGGCCCGCCCCAAGCUCAUUUUCGAGUACAUGGACGGUGGCAGUCUCCGUGACUACGUCUCGUCACGCAAGAACACGAUGCCCCCCGUGACGAUCGCACUCGCCGUCGCCAAGGGCCUCGAGCAUCUGCACCGCCACCGCGUCGCACAUGGUCGCUUGCAUUUGCACAACAUCCUCAUCGCGACCGACGGCCGCAUCAAGCUCGCCGAAGUUGGCUUGUCCUAUGAGGCAGCACUUCGCGAGAGCUUACCGCGGGUAGCAAGAAUACUAAAACUGACGAUACACGAUCCCCCACGGCCGCCCCGCAACUACUGGAUGGCCCCCAAGGCUCGCCAUUCCAAGGCUGCAGCCACCGCCGCCGCCGACAUCUUUUCGUUUGGCGUCAUGAUGAUCGAGCUAAUGUGGUUUGCAACCCAUGGCAACAUGGACUUCUUUGGCAAAGCCAUGCUGCAUGUCCACGCUGGCACGGCGACAACCGACCUCCUCGAGGUACCCGACGACGGGUACCAUGCCCUCGCCCUUCGGUGCGUUGCACACGACCCCUCGACGCGACCAACUGCCGCGGAGAUAGUACAGCUCCUCCAAUAG